AUGCUCGACAAAUCCGAGCCGCGGCGGUUGAUCGACCUCAUCAGAAGUGUUGACAACGUGCCCAUCGGCUGGGACUACCACGGCUUCUACAAGUUACUUCUUCCUAACGACUCCCGAGCACACGGCUAUCUCACUCCAGACACUGUGGCAAAGCUGCCAUGGACGGAAGAUGGCUUCUCCAUUGAUCACAAAGACAGGGUUGUUCAGGUCACCGUGGCUGAGAACCAAGCCGAUCGCAUCAAUGCCGCCUUGCAGACCGUCGUUGAUGGGGCCCUCGCGCUGGGCACUUCAGUCUUCCCGAACCUGACAUCUCACAGCGAGAUGGUACGCAUCAUCGGCGCGAAGGCCUACCCGUCGAGGGCACCUCACAAGCCAGAACCUAUAUGCCUAGAACGGUUCGCCGCGUCGCUGUUCGGAAUCUGCAGCCGCGGAGCUCACCUGACGGCCUACGUGCGAGAUGAAAGCCAACCCGUGUCGACAGGCUUAAGAGUGUGGGUGGCUCGCCGCGACGCGAACCUACACACGUAUCCCGGCAUGCUAGACACGACGGUCGCGGGCGGAGUGAAGGCCGACCAGACGCCGUGGCAAUGCAUUGUGGCCGAAUCGGACGAGGAGGCGGCGCUGCCGCUCUCGUAUGUUGAGAAGAACAUCGUCUCAACCGGUAUCACGACGUAUGUGAGCCAGAACAGAAAGACGGGCCAUGUACGCCCUACCAUCCUCUACGUGUAUGACCUGGAGCUCGAGGAGGACAUGCGGCCUGAGCCCAAGGACGGCGAGGUGCAGGAGUUCUCGUUGAUGACCGUGGACGAAGUGACUAGGGCGAUGAUGAACGGGGAGUUCAAGCCCAACUGCUGCCUGGUGAUGCUGGAUUUCUUCGUUCGGCACGGGAUCAUCACGGACGAGAAUGAGAAAGAUUACUUGGACAUUGUGACGGGACUGAGAAGGAAGCUUCCUGUGCCGGUGACAGCGUAG